CAGACCAGUGUCUCCUCUCAACUCAGUCAUCUCCUAACACCACUGAGAGGAUCAGCCUGUCACCUCAGUACAGAAUGCCUUUCGGCGGAGGAAACAAGUGCGGCUGCUGCCAGAAAACAGUCUACUUCGCCGAGGAAGUGCAGUGCGAGGGGAAGAGCUGGCAUAAAUCCUGUUUUCUGUGCAUGGUCUGUAAGAAGAACUUAGACAGCACAACAGUGGCCGUUCAUGUGGAUGAGAUCUACUGCAAAUCAUGCUAUGGCAAGAAAUAUGGGCCAAAAGGCUACGGCUUCGGAGGUGGAGCCGGCACGCUGAGUAUGGACACAGGAGAAGGACUUGGAAUCAAGCCUGAAGUACAAAGUCCCCAUCGCCCCACAAAUAACCCAAACGCCUCAAAGUUUGCCCAGAAACCAGGGGGCACAGACGUGUGUCCUCGAUGUGGGAAAACAGUGUACGCAGCAGAGAAGGUUAUCGGAGGAGGCAACUCCUGGCAUAAAGCCUGCUUUCGCUGUGCCAAGUGUGGCAAAGGACUGGAGUCCACGACCGUCGCCGAUCGAGACGGAGAGAUCUUCUGUAAAGGUUGCUAUGCAAAGAACUUCGGUCCCAAGGGAUUUGGCUUUGGUCAGGGUGCAGGAGCUCUGGCGCAUUCCCAGUAAGGCCUGAAGCCUCGGCCCACCUGGGACUGACAUCAGCGAUCUGAUAUCAUCGCUUCCAGGGGCCUUCAGUCAAUAUCCAGCCUAUUUUACCCUGCUUUCACUCUCGCUGAAGGCAAAGAGGAAUGAAAGAAGCGCACAACACGCAGCUUUUUGUACAAGCUCACAGAGUAGAUUUUGCUGUUUGUCUACAUUCUCAUUUUGCCUGGUUAAAAAAAACGAGAUAUCCUGUGAAACAUUUUAUAACGCACUGAAUUCUAACUCUAACUCUGUGCACAUUGUGUGUGUUUAACCUGGUUAGCAGCAAGCUGACUCCAUUCUUACAAGGACAAAAAAAAGAAAAAUUAAACUGUGCUGCAAUAGUAGGAGACACUUGCACUUGAGUUUGGCUCAUGUGGAAUUUGAUUAAAAUCUGAAUGAGUCGGUGUCUGACAGCAGUGAAAAAGCAGCCCCGCAUCAAGCUUCACUUACACUCAAGAUAAAGUCUUCUUUUCUGCCUUACAUGUCAAAUGGUGUACAUACGGUCUUAAGAUAUGCAGUAUUAGUGAGACACAAAGUAAACAUCAGGCAAAAACAAACAAAAAACAAUGCAUUUCUUUUCUUAUUCCCCUGUGAUGCAAAAUUUGGCAUGUCUUACACAAUUGUCAAUGUUCUUUUUGUUGUUCUGGUCUGAUGAAAUCAGUGUGUAUGUUUAUGUGGUCUUGGGUGUGCUUGCUACUCCUUGUAAUCAUCAUCAAACUGAGCAAAAUGCCUGCUGUUGUGGUGAACAAGGGAGUCGCAGUGCUCAGCCCCGUCUCGAGGAGGCACAAUGACCAGUGUGCUUGGCAGCUGUGGUGGUGGUGGUGGUGGUGGUGGUGGUGGUGGGGGCAGCAGCGGUUUGCUUUGGCACUGACUACAACAUGUGAGUCACAUAAACAGCAAAACUAAGUCUGAAAUCCACACAGAGAUGAAAGUAUUACAGUGGGAUCUGUUCCAGAGCUUUCAUGUGUUUAGAUUCAUAAUGAAUAAGUGGAGCGACCAUGUAGACGUCUUAGUUUGGAAAUAAGUUGCUCUGAAUGUUCUGCUCUAACUAUGAAAAUACCAUGCACAUAUAGUUUUACUCCCUUCAGUCCUUCAUCCACCAGAGGGCAAUAGAGAGACCUAAUCCAAUAGUCAAUCAGCUGAAAUGAUUAAUAUAUAAAAGUCUUGUCCACAAGAAAAUGUAUAUAAUUUACUCAUUAACUGUAAUAAAGUGGAUUUGUUUU